UCGGUUUUAACGUCGCAGCUCGGAGCUCCGUGAAAAGAGGCGCUCACAUGUUUCCGUGUUUUAGUUGUUAAAGUCGGUCAGAAGGAUUUACGCUGAUAUGUAACGUCGGUGGUGUUAUUUUUUAUAUUUUUUGGGCCUUUCGACCGUAAAAACUGAGACAAAAUUACAAUGUUUGGAGCUGCUGCUGUUUGAGGACAAAGAAAAACAAUUUUUUUAGUCAGAAAGACUCUUACCGAACAAACAAAUGAAAGGAUUCAUUUAGUGGCUAAAAAAUGGCGUUAAACUCGUGAUAUCAUCCUCCAGAACAUUUUAAAAAAGGAGAGCAAACAUUUCAGAGUGACGCGUCGACAAGAGGAGGAAAAACAAAAUCUCUCGUGUCAACGUCUUGAGGAGCGAUGGAACUGUCUCUGGCUCACCCGGCCAUCAAAGCCUUCGUGUGCGGCUCUUUCAGCGGGACCUGCUCCACGCUGCUCUUCCAGCCUCUUGACCUGGUUAAGACUCGUCUGCAGACUCUGCAGAGCGGCGUGCAGCCUGGUUCGGGCCGAGUCGGGAUGACGGCGGUGCUGCUGAGCGUGGUGCGGACAGAGAGGCUGCUGGGACUGUGGAAAGGAAUCUCACCAUCCUUUGCUCGGACCAUCCCAGGAGUGGGGCUCUACUUCAGCACCUACUACUCUCUGAAGAACCACUUCUUCCAGGACGGCAGUCCGGGCCCCUUACAGGCCGUGCUGCUGGGAGGCGGGGCCCGGACGGUGGCGGGGGUCUUAAUGCUGCCGGUCACUGUCAUCAAGACACGCUUCGAAUGUGGCCGGUACAGUUACGGCAGUGUGACCGGAGCUCUGCGCAGUGUGUGUCAGACUGAAGGUCCUGCAGCUCUGUUCUCCGGUCUGAUGGCCACGCUCCUCCGAGACGUCCCUUUCUCCGGGAUCUACGUCAUGUUUUACAGCCAGACCAAGGCCUCGCUGCCGACGGAAAUCAGCUCGUCUGCUUCGGCCCCGCUGGCGAACUUCAGCUGUGGGAUCCUGGCUGGUAUUUUGGCGUCUCUGAUCACGCAGCCGGCUGAUGUCGUCAAAACACACGUCCAAGUGAAUCCGCAGCUGAGGACACUGGAGGCGAUGAGAAACAUCUACAUGGAACACAGACUCCAGGGGUUCUUCAGGGGCGCGGUUCCUCGGGCGCUGAGGAGGACCAUGAUGGCCGCCAUGGCGUGGACGGUGUACGAGGAGAUGAUGGCGCGUUUUGGGUUGAAGUCGUGAAGAGGGAAGUCGGUGAGAAGCUCGUGAAAGAAAGAACAAACAGAAAUAGAGCAGAAAAGUCAAGUGACAGAGUGAAGACGGUGAUGUGAAGCCGCGACCGUGGCGACGUGCCUGAUGGCGUUUUUAAUGACUUCAAUUAUUCACAGCGUCGCGAUACGCAGGCUGAUGAUUAAGAAACGCUGAACUCUUGUUUCCUUAGUGACAUAACACACUGAGAUGUGGAGACUUUGCUCCUUGAAAUGUGCUUUGCUGGCUCAUGGCUGAAGUUCAGGAGCCGAAUUUCAUUUUUGAUUGUUCGUCGCAACUCUGGAGAAAAUAUUUAAAAAAUCUCCAGACACACUGUGAUGCUCUCUUGUACAUAAAAAAACCUGAUCCUUAAGGAGCAUUUGGGCGUUUCAAAAAUGCCUCAUUGUCUGCAGUGACGCAGUUACUCAAGACAGUGUCCCAGAUUCAGCUCUGACUUCUGUUAUGCACUUUAACCCCUGCAGUUGUGUCUCAGUUUUAGAUCUUGGCGAGGCUCCUGAAUGCCUUUCCAGUAACACAAUUUUAUUUAUAUUCUGAUAUUUUUUGUUUAACAAAGUAUGUGCUUGCAGUAUUUGCCUGUAAAAAGAUUUUCCUCUCGAUAUUUGAAGUUGAUUUUCAUGCAAAGAUUUGUACCUUUUUGUUCUACCUUUUUAAAGACGUUUAAUGAAAUAAAGCAAAAUGUGGAACCUUAA